AUGUUUCUAGAUUAAAGAUCUCACAGAUCACUUAUUCGUAGACUGGGAUAUGCUCGAAACUAAGGAAGAACACGACAUUAUGAGAAAGUAUGCCGAGAAAGGCAGAUGGUACGCGAUGACAUACGGAUCAUUUAUUUACGUGUCUAACAUUAUAUUCGCAACAACCUCUCUCGUGCCACGCAUCUUGGAUAUAAUAUUUCCAUUGAAUUUUUCCCGCCCUAUAAUGUUACCGUAUCCAGCGUACUAUUUCGUUGACGAAAAUCAAUAUUUCUAUUAUAUUUUUCUCCAUAUGUUACUUACCAGCAGUGUGUGUUUAACCGGAUUAAUUGCUCACGAUAGCAUGUUCUUUGUUUACGUCGAACACAUCUGCGGCCUUUUCGCUGUUAUUGGGUAAU